CUCAUUCGACAGGAUGUGUGAAUUGUGUAAAAAUGGCCGCUCGCAGUGGAAAACUUGUCCAGUUGCUGAACCUUGCGUCAUGCGUCCGCGCCCAACGCCUGCCGGGACUCAACUUGGCAAGGACGCUGUGCUCGUCCUCAUCCCAGACGACCCCACCUCGGGAGUCGGCACCGGCUGACCGUUCACAGGCUGUUGACAUGCCAGAGGGGGAAGACAGACCGCACAUGCUGCAUGUGGUGUGGCGGUUGCGGUCUGUCAAGCGGCGACCUUACUGGGAGAAGGACAUCAUCAAGCAGCUCAUGCUGGAAAAGAAACAUUUUCCAGUGGUCCACAAGAACACAGAGUCCGUGAACGCACUCCUGCGCAAAGUCCGCCACUUGGUGCGCAUCAAGCCCCUGGUGCUGAAGCAAGGGCUCCCUCAGGGGGACUACGACUCCACCCUGCUCAAGUGGAACGGCGAGUUUGUCGUCCGGAGGAAACUGGACAUCCUUGGCCAGGAAGUGAUAACGGCCGAGGGAGAGGAGACGAACGACGGACUGAAAGUUGAAGCCGAGAAGACGGCUAUUAAAGAUACAGAGUCCAGAUGAUGAUAAAGUUGCAAAUUGACUGUUUUGCGUUGUAAAGUUUAAGUCUGUCCCGAGCCAGUAUGACUCGCGAGGCCGGUGUUUAUCUCAAGUUCUCAUUUGUACCCCUGGGUCCAAAGAGCGAAUUGUGGUAAAGUGCCUUGCCCAAGAAGUACUCAAGAACGUAUGCCCACAAUUGGAAUGGAACUUGCAUACCACCAAACACGAGUCAGGCCGGUGUUUAUCUGGAGUUUCCCGUUUGUACUUCCUAGGUCAAUAGAGCCAAUUGUGGUAAAGUGUCUAGCCAAAGGACAUGAGGACCAUGAUCCCUGUUAGGGAUUGAACUCCCGGACCGCUGCAAAUGAGUCAAACACCGUAACCAUCGGACCAGGGUGCUCUACAAAUAACACUGUUCUUGGAAUAUCCAACAGCUUGGAAAGCUACAUAGGAUCAUUUACUCUAUGUGCAUCUCUGUCAUUAGAAGCAACAGAGUUGCUCAGAAUUUUCAGUAGGGUGCAUUACUAACCCUUUGAAGUUUUGGCUCAGCGACUACUUUAUACUUUGAGAAAACAGAAAACAUAUGCAAAUUGUUCUUGUAACUGGAUUCCAUUGUUAAUGCAUAGAAGAAUAAAAGUGUGCCGGUGGGCACGCUUUUAUAAAACCGCCUUCAAUUAUAAUUUUUUUUUAAAUUUUAGCUGAGUGACUACUUUAUACUUUGAGAAAACAGAAAACAUAUGCAAAUUGUUCUCGUAACUGGAUUCCAUUGUUAAUGCUCAGAAGAAAAAAAGUGUGCCAGCGGGCACACUUUUAUAAAACCAC